AUGGGGCCGCUGUGUGGGAGCUGCAGGCGUGCUAUCCUAUGGGGCCGCUGUGUGGGAGCUGCAGGCGUGCUAUCCUAUGGGGCCGCUGUGUGGGAGCUGCAGGCGUGCUAUCCUAUGGGGCCGCUGUGUGGGAGCUGCAGGCGUGCUAUCCUAUGGGGCCGCUGUGUGGGAGCUGCAGGCGUGCUAUCCUAUGGGGCCGCUGUGUGGGAGCUGCAGGCGUGCUAUCCUAUGGGGCCGCUGUGUGGGAGCUGCAGGCGUGCUAUCCUAUGGGGCCGCUGUGUGGGAGCUGCAGGCGUGCUAUCCUAUGGGGCCGCUGUGUGGGAGCUGCAGGCGUGCUAUCCUAUGGGGCCGCUGUGUGGGAGCUGCAGGCGUGCUAUCCUAUGGGGCCGCUGUGUGGGAGCUGCAGGCGUGCUAUCCUAUGGGGCCGCUGUGUGGGAGCUGCAGGCGUGCUAUCCUAUGGGGCCGCUGUGUGGGAGCUGCAGGCGUGCUAUCCUAUGGGGCCGCUGUGUGGGAGCUGCAGGCGUGCUAUCCUAUGGGGCCGCUGUGUGGGAGCUGCAGGCGUGCUAUCCUAUGGGGCCGCUGUGUGGGAGCUGCAGGCGUGCUAUCCUAUGGGGCCGCUGUGUGGGAGCUGCAGGCGUGCUAUCCUAUGGGGCCGCUGUGUGGGAGCUGCAGGCGUGCUAUCCUAUGGGGCCGCUGUGUGGGAGCUGCAGGCGUGCUAUCCUAUGGGGCCGCUGUGUGGGAGCUGCAGGCGUGCUAUCCUAUGGGGCCGCUGUGUGGGAGCUGCAGGCGUGCUAUCCUAUGGGGCCGCUGUGUGGGAGCUGCAGGCGUGCUAUCCUAUGGGGCCGCUGUGUGGGAGCUGCAGGCGUGCUAUCCUAUGGGGCCGCUGUGUGGGAGCUGCAGGCGUGCUAUCCUAUGGGGCCGCUGUGUGGGAGCUGCAGGCGUGCUAUCCUAUGGGGCCGCUGUGUGGGAGCUGCAGGCGUGCUAUCCUAUGGGGCCGCUGUGUGGGAGCUGCAGGCGUGCUAUCCUAUGGGGCCGCUGUGUGGGAGCUGCAGGCGUGCUAUCCUAUGGGGCCGCUGUGUGGGAGCUGCAGGCGUGCUAUCCUAUGGGGCCGCUGUGUGGGAGCUGCAGGCGUGCUAUAAAACCGCUUUACGGCGGAGAGGGAGCAGGGAAACGUUUAAGGACAAGAAGUAUCCGAACCAGGACGACAGUGCAGAUCUCAGGUGCCAGCUGCAAUUCUCUAAGGAAGAGUCCACCCUCAUGCGUAAGAAGAUGGCCAAGCUGGGGAGGGAGAAGGAAGAGCUAGAGCAGGAGAUCCAGCAGUACAAGUCAGUCUACGGGGACGUGGACAGCCCUCUACCCCUGGCGGAGCUCGCAGGUGGUGGGCCCCACAGCACCAGGGAGGCCGAGCUACGGCUCCGACUCAAACUGGUGGAGGAAGAGGCGAAUAUUCUGGGGAGGAAGAUCGUUGAACUAGAGGUGGAGAACCGAGGCCUGAGGGCUGAGAACGAGGACAUCCGCUGCCAGUACGAGAGGGACUGUUUCGGCCGGGAGCCCUUCAGCAGCAUGCCCUCCUCCCCGUACGACGGAGACGCUCUGGAGUCCGCCGGGGAGCUGCGGCGCCACCUACAGUUCGUAGAGGAAGAGGCAGAACUUCUCCGGCGGUCCAUCUCGGAGAUCGAGGACCACAACAAGCAGCUGACCUCCGAACUGAACCGAUUCAAGUUCGGCCCGAGAGACGAGGAGGUCGAUGUCGGAGUGAUGCUGAUGAAGACCGGUAACGGGGGUAACGGGGGUAACGGGAGCGGUGUGGUGAUGAUGGAGGAGCUGAAAGCAGCCAGGAAGCAGAUCAACGAGCUCAGCGGGAAGGUGAUGAAGCUGCAGUAUGAGAACAGAGUCCUGAUGUCCAACGUCCAGCGCUGUGACCUGGCCCAACACCUGGGCCUCCGCACCGGCUCCCCGCGGGACAGCGAUGCAGACAGCGACACCGGCCACCGUGACGCCGCAGAGGAGGAAGAGACUGGGAGGCUCCUCCUCCUACACCCCAAGAGGGAGGGGCCUGUCGGCGGCGAGAGCGACUCGGAGGACCUGUUCGAGAAGACGACCACGACCUCUGGUUUCGGAAGUCACAAGCCCUCGGACGAGAUCAGCGGGCUCAGCACCACGGAACUAGCCAACCUCAGACGAGAAGACCGUGAGACGUUCAUGAACGUCAAACGAGAAGCAGAGCGUCUUGGGAAGACCGUAGACCGUCUCAUUACCGACACGGACAGUCUGAUCUACGAGGGAAAGAUUAUAGUAACAGGAGGAGACAGUCUCUGCAUAGAGGGGUUGAGAGCACACAGGGGGGAGGGAAGCGGAGAGGACAUGGGGGACACCACCACACUCCCCGAGUCCCUACAAGACUCCCAGGUCCUGGACACUAUCAACACCCGGAUGAAGGCCUUCAGGACAGAGCUCCAUAUCUUCAUGGAGAAGGUGGAUCACCUGGGAGACGGGCUAAGGGAGAGGGGAGGGGACCGGGAUAGGGGGGAUGACCUGUCGCCCAUGCCCAACCUUACAGAGUCUAGCAGCUUCCUGUCAGGGGUCACCUCCAUGUCCCGAGACUCGCCCAUCAGCACCCUGGGACGCGACCUGGUCACAGAUUUCCAGUCACAGUCCGGUGCGAGGGAUGAGCUGGAGUGGCGUCUAGGACAGGAGCGAGCCGUGGAGACCCAGGGCCAGAGCCAGGGGGCUCUUCCUCAGGGUCCGGCCCAGAACAGGGGAGCCAUCCUGGGACACACUAAAUACCACAGGCCCCCCCUGGCUUCUUUAAGACCUGAGCUACGCGACACAGCUGGGGCAGAGAUGCAGUUCCGACUGGAUCACGAUCGCAGGUUGAGGCCUGGACAGGAGGACAGAGAGGCCUUCUCUGGGACCAUGGCACAGGAUGAGGAACGGAGGCGGCUGGAGGUGCAGGGUGUGAAGCCCAGAGGAGGUCUGGAUCUGACGGGCCUGCAGGCCCACGAGGCUCCCUGGGUCCAGGAGAGAACCCUACUGCAGCAGGAGGUCCAGUUGUUCAGACACAACACCGUCAUCUUCUAUAUGAAGCUACGCUGGAUCCUCAUGCACUGGAGGCUGGGGAAGAGGACAGAGACCGGGGAGGAGACAGCACACUCAGAGUAUGAGAAGUUGGAGGGUAUUCCAGAGCUGAUCUUGGAGCACGGAGAGGGAGAGACGGAGAGAGAGGACAGGGACAGGUCGUGUACCCCGCUACCCCAGAGAGACAGCCCCGACCCAGACCCCACAACCCAACUCCACUCCACUGCACGCCUGCAGCACCAGACACAGGCGGGUGAGAACCGUAGGGUGCUCCAGGCGGUGCGCUCCCUGUUAGAGGAGUUCAGGUCGGAGUUGAGGGAGGAGGAGAACAGGAGGUGCCAGCUGCAGCAGAACUACGCUAACGACAAGGCUUCCUGGGAGGUCAAAUGGGCAGAGAUGAAGUGUCACGUCGCUCAGUUGGAAGAGGAGAGACGAGAAGAGAAAGGAGAGGCCAGAGGGGAGACGCAGGGAGGAGGAGACCCAGACUGGGCCUUUAAACAGGAGCGAGAGGAGCAUCGUUGCCUCCUGGCCGAGAGCCACAGCACCUCCCUGGACCUCCACUGGAAGCUGCAGCAUGGAGAGAAGAGGUGGGGGAGGGAGAGGAGAGACCUGCUGGAACGCUUCGACCGGGAGAGACAAGAGUGGGACGGCAACAUGAGAAACAUGCACCACAAGAUGGAGAGGCUGCAGAGAGAGCUGAACGUCCGACAGGGCAGUGAGGGCUCACCCUCCGACGUCAAAGAAGGGGCGACGGCAGGAGGAAACAGGGGUGUCUUUUCCCCUCAGGAGAGCCCAUGUAAGGUCCCUCGCUCCCUCCGGUCACCCCGCUCCCCUCGCUCUGCCAUCCACGGGCCUGUUUCCCUCUCCACCCGCUCCCACUCGGACUCAGAGGCCCAUGAAGAGCAGGGGGCUGUAGUGAGGGUCAGAGGCCCAACAGAGAACAUUUUCCUGGACGCUCUGACGCUAGACUCCCUUGGUAGCCUGGAGGUCCCACUUCCCAGCAGACUGGACUCUGACAAGAGGUUCCCCUGUAUGAACCAGGCUCUGAAUGAGAUCCCAGACAUAGAGGACCCAAUAUACCAGGAGGAGGAGGAGGAAGAGAUGGGCUGUGGCAGUCUGCUCAGGGCUAAGUCCGUCUGUUCUAUGAGUGACUUCCAGCGUCUGAUGGACAGCUCUCCCUUCCUGCCUGACAAGAGUCGUCACGGUGACUGUGGCCGUGACGACGUGACCCCACCCCUAUCUCCGGAUGACCUGAAGUACAUAGAGGAGUUCAACAGUAAAGGGUGGGGCUUUCCUGUCCCUGGCCCCUCCCCUACACCAGGCCACCACACCCCCACACCCAUGGAAGCCUGGGCAGAUCAGCCCACUUCAGAACCAUUCCAGCCAGCCUUGUGGUUCCUGACAACCAGUGCUACCCUCACUACUAACACCCUGUCCAGCCCUGAACCCCAUCCCCUCUGCCAGCACUCCCCUCUCAGGGGCAACGGGGGUAACAGAGGAGGGGGGGCAAGUGUCCAUGUCUCCCACAGCCCCACAAGACCCCCAGGAACCCCCGAACAGGACUACAUGUACCCCAAAGGGACCAAGGGGCGAGGGGGUGGAGGUGAGGUGGGGGAUCCCCCUGGGGUAGGGGGACCAGACGAGGUGUUUGGUAACGGUCGGUGGCCCUCCACCUGUCAUAAGGAGUUAUUAGAGGGUGGGGGUGGACUGGGAGGCGGACUUAGGGGCCCGUCUGGGGUGGGUCCCAUCCCCACGGUGGGGUACGCCUCGUCUCUGGAGCUGCAGCUGUCACGGAACCUCAGUGAUGACAUGAAGGAGGUGGCCUUCUCUGUUAGGAACUACCGCUCAGGCCCUGGCACCUCGGACCUCCUGGAACAACACAGACAGCUCCGAGACACGGCGUGUCAGACCAACGGUUUCACUACUCGGGGAACCCAAACCACCCAGACCAUCAGUGUGGGCUUACAAACUGACAUCCUCCGCACCCUCACCAGCUCCCCCCACCGCUGCCUCACCCCUAUAGGAGGAGGCUCAACCCCCAUCUCCUCCCCCUCCAGAAACAUCCGCAAGAUACAGUACUCUCCUGUGGUCCAGUCCAAGUUCGAGCGGACAUGUUGUUCUCCUAAGUACGGUUCCCCUAAGCUCCAGAGGAAGCUGUCGACAUCAUCGAAGGCUGACCUCCCUGUAGGGGCCUCCUCCAGCUCCACGGCCGGCCCCAGGGCCCCGACUCCCACCACUCCCCAGAAGGGAGCCUCUGAGUCGGCCUGGGCUCGCUCCACCACCACCAGGGAUUCUCCGGUCCACACCACCAUCAACGACGGCCUGUCCAGCCUCUUCAACAUCAUAGACCACACCCCCGUAGCCUACGAACCCCUGCAGUCCAAAUUCACCAAGUCCCCAAGCCGCACCCGCACCGCUCCCCCUGACCUCUCACCUCCCGCGGGGCCAGGGGUACACAACCUACCACCCUCAGACCCCAAAGACCCCAGGUCCCUUGGUGCAGCCCAGGAGUUCCUGAGGAAUGUCCGCGGGCGCUCUCCCAGCCCGGUGCAGCUGAUACUAGAGACCCCGGGAGGGCCGGGGGGAACAGGGGGGGAGAGGACACCAGAGGUGGUCAGUAUACGCCAGGACCUGUCUGCCCCGCCUGGAUACACCCUGGCAGAGAACGCAGCCCGUCUGCUGAACAAGAAGCUGUUGGAGCAGAGCUUCAGGGAGGAGAAGAGACUGGGGUCUGCAGGCCAGAGCAGAGAGGGGAGGCAUGGAGAAGGAGACAGGAACCAGGCGGGGUGUAUGGAGGAUCUCCCUCGCUCCCCGGUGGCUCCACCCCUGGAGUCGUGUUUCCUGCGUCCGGCAAGGCCAGCCAACCGCCGCCCUCCAUCCCGCUGGGCAGUCCCCUCCUCCCACCGAGGCUGGCGAGACGUCACAGAGCGGAGGUUCACCUUCCCCAUGGUGACUGGGACCAGUAAGACUGGGACAGGGACCACCUCUAGUCUGGACCUGGACGAGACUGGACCAGCAGAAUCAUGACAGGAACCAUCACCGUACCCUUGUCCUCCUCCCUUUACUCGCUCCACUCUGUCUCUCCUGUGAAACCCUGCCAGUACCUCAGACCCAUCUUUCCUAGUCCUCCUC